AUGGGCGAUAGUAAAGUUCUAUCUAUUCAAAGUCAUGUUGUCCAUGGUUAUGUUGGUAAUCGAUCUGCUACAUUUCCAUUACAGGUUCUUGGAUUCGAUGUCGAUGUGAUCAAUUCCGUUCAGUUCUCUAAUCAUACUGAAUACGGAAAAUGGAAAGGUCAAAUCUUGAAUGCUACUGAGUUAUGGGAUUUAUAUGAAGGACUGAGAGAAAAUAACUUGCACGAGUAUUCCCAUCUCCUAACAGGUUACGUUGGAUCGGAGUCUUUCCUUCACUGCAUAUCCCGAGUUAUUCGAUCUCUAAAAGAAACCAAUCCAAACCUAAUUUAUGUAUGCGAUCCUGUCAUGGGUGACAAUGGGAUAAUGUAUGUGCCUAAAGAAUUAUUACCUAUAUACCGUGAAGAAGUUAUCCCUCUAGCUGAUAUUAUAACCCCUAACCAAUUUGAAGCUGAAAUACUUACUGACGUUAAAAUUGUCGAUGAAAAAAGUGCUAUUGAAGCAAUGGAUAUUCUACAUAGCAAAGGCAUCAAAACUGUGGUAAUUAGUAGUUCAGAACUUGGCAGUGGCGAAUUCUUGAUUGGUUAUGGUAGCGUUAACUUAGGUGAUGGUAAAAAACAGCGAAUAAAGUUAGAGAUACCUAGGGUUGAGGCUGCAUUUGUCGGUACUGGAGAUUUAUUUGCCAGUCUUUUACUAGCUUGGACCUCUCAUCAUCCUGACAGCUUAUCGCUUGCCUGUGAGAAAACCAUUUCAUCCAUUCAGAACAUUUUAAAGCGUACAAUUGCCCAUGCUAGAAAACUAGCUGGCGAAGGUAAAUCGCCAAAUUCAGCUCAAUUAGAAUUACGAUUAGUGCAAAGUAAGCACGAUAUCGAAAAUCCAAGCUGUCAGAUCAAAGCUAUCAGCAUCUAA